AUGGAAGCCGAUCCGCAUCAUACUACUAGUGAACUGGCAGCCACUCUUGGGUUGAGCCAGUCCACAGUUGAUCGUGGAUUGAAGUCAAUCGACACGGUGCGAAAGCUCGGUCGACGGGUGCCUCAUGCUUUGAAGCAGUAUGACAUGGACCGGAGCGCCAACAUGGCACUUUCUCUCCUCACGCUCAGGCGCAUCCACACGUGGCUCGAGCACUAG